GUGGUUAAGGCGAUGGACUAGAAAUCCAUUGGGGUCUCCCCGCGCAGGUUCGAAUCCUGCCGACAACGAAUCGUUUUCCGUUUAGGAACUCACACUAACUAGCAAACCCGGAAGCGUUAGGUCAGCAUCCAGAACACGUUACUACUAUGUUUAACAGGGCAGUAAAAUUUAUUUAAUAGAAUUUUACUACUUAUAUUACGCAUUUCUGAGAAGUUAGCCAAAAAAACAAAAAAAUAAUGCACGCGUUCCUAUGGUAACAAACGUGGCGUUCUCCACCGGAUAAUCAUGGCGGAUGAUUUGGAUGAUUUACUUGAUGAAGUCGAAUCAAAGUUUUGUUGCAGCACGUCAGCGUCCAAACAAUCAACGUAUGCUUUAAAACAAACGGACCAAAAAUGUGCGAAUCCCGAGGACAAGAAACAGUCGAGAAAGCAAGGAUGCAAAAGAUCUCAACACGACAAAGAUGAUAUUGACGCUAUGCUGCAGGAAAUACUGGAUGAUGACUUUCAGCCCAUCAGCACACAUGAACCCAUUGCAGCAAAGACAACCACAAGCGAUUCAUAUUUUGAGACAAUGUCCAAGAAAUGUUGUCCUGUUUUUCUUGGCGGAAGCGGUGUACCACACGGUAUUGGAACCAGCGUUUCCCAAAGGGCCUGCAACCAUUUAAGAUGUACGUCUUGCGAUUUCAGCAUAAUAAUGUUUGAUGAUCACGAGUGGGACUCAUCCUGUGAUUAUUUAUUUUUCAGGAAUAACAUGCCGGACUAUCACAAACUAAAAGUCAAACUGAGAAGGAAAAAGGGUGGGCGUGCAUACGCCUGUCAGUGCAGCUGGCACUCGACCCUGUCGCUCACAGACCUGAGGGAACAACAGCAGCUAAAGUGGGUUUGUGGAAAACACAAAGUAUGAGCACGAGUCUGCAACGGUUCUCCUCUGAAACCUUAUCUGUGUCCACCAGCAAGUGUUGCAGCAUGCUCUCCUCCUCACAAAAGAGAAUGCUGGCCAUUUUCAAAAUUUGCUUUGUGCAGUUUGUGGGGCUGGAUAACAAAAAGAAGUUUUGUUUUCUUCACGGAGUGUAGCUUUUUGUUUUGGUGUGAAGUAAUUGUCGACGCUUCACUGUCCCUUAGAAUGAUGAAGCAUUGUGGCUGGUUUUGUUAUGUAGACUAUUAUUUUGAAUAAUAAAAGGCUGUAAUGUAUUCAGAAAUUCUAACAUUUUUCACAAUUGAUAAUUAAAACAGAAAAAGAUUGGAUCCAUCUGUGAGGGUAAUAGUAGAAUGGCUGAUCAUUGUUUCGAUGUUUUUUUUUUU